AUGAUUCUCUUGGCAUCUCCAGCUAAACUUCUGGAAGAGCUGCCGCAGCCCCCCACAAUCACCCAUCAGUCGCCGAAGGACUACAUCAUAGAUCCGCGCGAGAACAUCGUCAUCCACUGCGAGGCCAAAGGGAAACCGCAUCCCAGCUUCUCGUGGACCAGGAACGGGAUGCAUUUUGACAUGGAUAAGGAUCCUAAAGUCCUGAUGAAGCCUCGUUCAGGGACGCUGGUGAUGGACAUCAGCGGAGGAGAGCGUGCCGAGGCGUACGAGGGCGUCUAUCAGUGCUCCGCUCACAACGAGCUCGGCACCGCCGUCUCCAACAGCAUCAUCAUCCGCCAGUCCAGACUAGCUGACAGAAUGAACUCACGAUUUGCCGUUCUCCUCGCCCUCAGCUUCUCGUGGACCAGGAACGGGAUGCAUUUUGACAUGGAUAAGGAUCCUAAAGUCCUGAUGAAGCCUCGUUCAGGGACGCUGGUGAUGGACAUCAGCGGAGGAGAGCGUGCCGAGGCGUACGAGGGCGUCUAUCAGUGCUCCGCUCACAACGAGCUCGGCACCGCCGUCUCCAACAGCAUCAUCAUCCGCCAGUCCAACAUUCUCAACAUCCUCAGACAUCUGAUAUUCGGAGGAUCUCCUCUGUGGUCUAAAGAGAGAAUCAGUCCAAUCGUUGCACAGAAGGGACAGUCUUUAAUUCUGCACUGCCGCCCCCCCGCCGGCCUCCCGCCGCCCAUCAUAUUCUGGAUGGACAACAAUUUCCAGCGUCUGCCGCAGAGCCGGCGUGUGUCUCAGGCUCUGAACGGAGAUCUCUACUUCUCCAACGUCCAGCCGGAGGACUCCAGGAGCGACUACAUCUGCUACGCUCGCUUCCCGCACACGCAGACCAUCCAGCAGAAGCAGCCCAUCAGCGUCCGUGUGCUCGACAUGGAUUCACUCAAUGACACACUGGCAGAUUAUUUCAAUGACACUGAUUUGUUUAGUGAUAAACCCGCAGAAGAGCGAGCACCUGUGUUCAUGGUUCCCAGUGAAUCCGUCAGCUCUAAAAUGGUUCUGAGAGGAGAGGUUCUAGAGAUGGAGUGCGUCGCUGAUGGCCUUCCCACUCCUGCGGUCUCAUGGGUUAAACGCAACGGUGAGAUUCCCAGCGGACGAGCGUCCUUCCUGAACUUCGAUAAGACUCUGCGGAUCACGGAUGUGUCGGAGGCGGACGCUGGAGAAUAUCGCUGCAUCGCCAAGAACCGGCACGGCUCUGUUCACCACAACAUCAGAGUCACGGUUAACGCGGCUCCGUACUGGAUCAGUGCUCCCAGGAAUCUGGUUCUGGCUCCGAAGGAGAUGGGCAUCAUCACGUGCCGGGCCGCCGGACACCCCAAACCCAGCAUCCGCUGGCUGGUGAACGGCCUGCCCAUCGAGGAUGCUCCUAAAGACCCCAGCAGGAGAGUGGAAGGAGACACCCUCAUAUUCUCCGAGGUCCAGACGGGCUCCAGCGCAGUUUACCAGUGUAACGCCUCCAACCAAUACGGAUACUUACUGUCCAACGCAUUCGUCAACGUACUGGGUGAGAGAAUCAGAAACAAGAAACACAACCACAUCUACCUGGAGGUCAAAGAGCCCACGAGGAUCUUGAGGCCGCCGGAGUACCGGGUGGUCCAGAGGAACCGGGACGUGGUGUUUGAGUGUAAAGCCAAGCACGACCCAUCACUCGUGCCCACCAUGACCUGGCUGAAGGACGACGGAGAGCUGCCUGAUGAUGAGAGGUUUAGAGUGGACUCGGACAGUCUGACCAUCACAGACGUCACAGAGAGCGAUGCGGGGACGUACACGUGCAUCAUGAACACCACGCUGGACCAGGACUCGGCCAGCGCUCAGCUCACGGUGGUCGAGGCCCCGCCCACUCCCGCAGUGAUCUACGAGCAGCCGGGAGCGCCGACCGAUCUGGAGCUGACGGAUCCGGGAGCGAGAAGCGUUCAGCUCACCUGGACACCUGGAGACGAACACAACAGCCCUAUCAAGAAGUUCCUGAUCCAGUAUGAGGACGCUCUCCACCAGAGCGGCGUGUGGCACAAUCUGACGGAGGUUCCUGGAACCAAGACCACGGCUCACCUGAAGCUCUCUCCGUACGUCCACUACAGCUUCAGAGUGCUGGCGCUCAAUAAUGUGGGCUUCAGCCGUCCCAGCAUGCCCUCGCUCCAGUACAGGACCAGCCCCGCAGCUCCUGACGAGAACCCCACUGAGGUCAAAGGUCACGGCACCGAACACAAUAAUCUGGUCAUCACGUGGAAGCCGCUGAUGCCUCUGCAGGCCAAUGGUCCAGGCCUGCAGUAUAAGGUCAUGUGGCGUCAGCAGGACAUGGAGAAGGACUGGAUGUCGGUCAGCGUGGCUAACGUCUCUAAGUUCGUUGUGUCGGGGACGCCCACGUUUGUGCCGUACGAGGUGUUGGUUCAGACGUUGAACGAUUACGGUCCUGGACCCAAACCCAGCGCUGUGAUUGGAUACUCCGGAGAGGACUUUCCGUCAGCAGCUCCAGGUGACGUGCGUGUCCUGGUGCUGAACAGCACGCUAGCAGAGGUGCGCUGGAGCCCCAUUUCGCCCGAAUCCGUGCGCGGCCGACUGCAGGGCUAUAAGGUGCAUUACCAUCGUGAGCGCAGUUUACACCGACACAACUCUCAUCAUGGCAAACACAGGACUGAGAUCUUCAGCCCCAACAAAACCAGCGGGAAACUGCCUGACCUGCUGCCGUACAGCGUCUACAGCCUGGAGGUGAUGGCCUUCAACGGCCGAGGAGAAGGUCCCUCCAGCGCCCUGCAGCGCUUCGAGACACCCGAGGGCGUUCCAGGCGCGCCGUCCUUCUUCAAGGUUUCUGCUUUAGAUCUGGACUCUCUGACGCUGGAAUGGGGUCCACCUCACGAGAGGAACGGCCGUCUGUCCGGAUACACCUUCAAAUAUCAGACCGUCGACAGCAAAAGUGAUUUGGGUCUGCUGGAAGAGCUGGAUCUGCCGUCCAAUCAGAGCAGCUUCACGCUGCACAACCUCCUUCACAGCACACGCUACAAGUUUUAUAUCAGUGCCAGAACGCAGAGAGGAGUCGGUCCCGCGCUCACCGAGGAGGCCGUCACUGUCCUCGACAGAGCGCCGCCGGUCGCUCCUGCGUUUGGGAACGUCAGCUCAUCCGUGAGCGAGGAUGGAGCGCUGAUCAGUUGGGAAUACUGGGGCCCCGAGAAACACCUUUAUGUUGAAUAUAUUAUAGACAAGAGUGAUGAAGACUGGCACAAAGAGAAGGUCAACGGCUCUCAGUUCCACGUUCUUAAGGGUUUGAAGAAAGGUUUGGCCUACAAGGUGCGUGUGGUGGCCCAGGGUCAUGACGACCAAGCGGUCCAUCACUCUGAGGAGCUGUUGGUUAAGGUCCCAGCGAUGGUGAGUCCACAGGUGGACAUCGCCACUCAGGGCUGGUUCAUCGGUCUGAUGUCGGCCAUCGCUCUGCUCAUCCUCAUCCUGCUCAUCAUCUGCUUCAUCAAGAGGAACAAGGGCGGCAAAUAUCCAGUUAAAGAGAAGGAAGAUGCUCACGGAGACCCGGAGAUCCAGCCCAUGAAGGAGGAUGAUAUCACGUUUGGAGAGUACAGUGACGAGGACCAUAAACCGCUCAAAGGGAGCCGAACUCCGUCCAGUGGAAGCGUUAAGCGCGACGGCAGCGACGACAGUUUAGUCGACUCCGGAGACACGCAGUUCAACGAGGACGGCUCGUUUAUCGGACAGUAUAGCGGGAGGUCAGAUAAAGAGGCGACGCCUCCGUCUCUGGUGAACGCCAUGAACUCAUUCGUGUGAGAUCCGCUGAUUCAUGAACCAUGCUUCAGUUUACUAGAGACUAAACGAGCCUGACUGAAGCAGACGGCUGCGUCUGUACGGAUCUCGGAGGAUGAUUAACCAGGCUGUGUUCACAAUAGCACACUAUCAUACUACUGCAGUAUGUACUAUUAUGCAAUCAUCUAGAUAUCAGGCAAAAAUAUAAACAUUUUCAUUUAUGAUUUGAUCACUCAGACGGAAUUCAUACCUUAAGGAAUAGUUCCUCCAAACUGAAAACGUGCUCACACCUAGGUUAUCUGAGAUUAGGAUGAGUUUGUGUCUUCAUCAGGUUUGGA